GCUUGGCUCAAUAUCUAUCACCUUCUAGUGCACAAUGAGUUUGCUUGCUACUAAAAUCUUCCUCCUUUUCCUGGUUUGGUAUGCUUCCAUUUCUCUUACCUUUUCUUCCAGUGUGCCGGAUGAGUAUUCCCUUUCGAACCUGGAUCUAGACAAUCUCGUUUCUGACACACAAGUGUUCCAUCUAUUCCAAAUCUGGAGGAAGGAGACAGGACGAGAAUACCAAAAUUUGGGAGAGGAGGCAAUAAGAUUUGAAAUCUUCAAAAGCAAUUUGAAGGAAAUCAGAGAGAAAAAUGCAGAAAGGAAGUCAGCCAGUGACUACAGCUUGGGUUUGAACGAAUUCUCAGAUAUGACGUACGAAGAGUUCAGCAAAAUGUACUUGCAUGAGACAGAGGAACCCAUGAUGGAAAUCAACAAUAGCGAAAUGAUAUUGAACGACGCAUCAUGUCCAGAUGCACCCUCUUCCUGGGAUUGGAGGACCAAAGGAGCUGUAACUCGUGUUAAAAACCAAGGCAGAUGUGGUUCUUGUUGGGCAUUCUGUGCGACCGGAGCUAUGGAAGGUAUAAAUCAGAUAGUCACUCAACAGCUUGUAGCACUUUCUGAACAACAACUCGUAUCUUGCUCCGGAAGUGGAGGCUGCAAGGGAGGGUCGACCUUCAAUGCAUUUAAAUAUGUCAUCAAGCAUGGUGGUAUUGCCUCAGAAAAAGUUUACCCAUAUACAGCUAACGCUAGUGCUUGCAAUUCUGCAGCGGCUGCAAACACAAUUGCUACUAUCGAUGGCUAUCAUGAUUGGUCGAAACCUAUAUCUGAAAGUUCCCUCCGUUGUUAUGUUUACAAGCAACCUGUUAGUGUUUACAUAUAUGGAAGCCGGGAUUUUUUGCGCUACAAAAGUGGAAUCUUUAAUGGAGACGAUUGCUCAAGCAUCAGUUCAUCAUGCAAAAUCAAUCAUGCUGUAUUAAUCGUAGGAUAUGGUUCAACCAGUGAUGGUCAAGAUUACUGGAUUGUUAAAAACUCAUGGGGAACCAGCUGGGGACAAAGUGGUUACAUGCUCGUCAAAAGAAACACCGGUACUACUCGGGGAGUAUGUAACAUAAACUGUUAUGGCGGAUACCCAACCAAGGGGAAGAAAGAAGAACCUGCCUUGAAGCUUGCCACUUCCAUGUGAAUCAAGCCCUCCAGGAACAAUAUAUAACGCCAGGCAAUAUAAAGCUGUGUGAAGGACGCCAGUUAGGUGUUGUACCAUGCUUGUAUUGCGUA